CCUCUUCCUGGCACGUAUGCAGUCGUUGAGAUCGACGUGGAGAAAACCCUCCAGUCUCUCCAUGACCCGAUUGCAAACGCGGCCGCGGCCGCGAUGCAGACCACCAAGUGCAUCGUCUUUUUGGGCAUGUUGUUGCGUCUCCCAUUCCCGGAAGAUACCACAUUCAAGUACGCAUCGCAACUCAUCGGCCCUGGACUCCGCCCGGAAGACCCGACGCGCUGCCUCACAUCCGAGAUGUGCCUCCCCAUCUUCCCAAACACCUACCACCCUUCCGCUGGCCGGGAGGCCCUGCAGCCUCGCACAGGGCCGUUCCCGUUCAGCAACUGCUAC